UGUGCUAGCGUCAGUGGUAAGCGCCGGGAGAGACCUAACCUGUCGCAUGGCUGCUGGUUGCUCAGAGUCUCCGCGGCCGAAGGCGGCCUCCGAGGCGCCUGUGGUAGGAACAGGCGGCGUCCUGCCUUGCCUAGAGCUGCCCACCUAUGCUGCUGCUUGUGCUCUGGUGAACAGCCGCUACUCCUGUCUGGUGGCCGCGCCGCACCGACGGCACAUCGCCCUGUCGCCCCGCUACCUUAACCGGAAACGCACCGGUAUCCGAGAGCAGCUGGAUGCCGAGCUCCUGCGCUAUUCCGAGAGUCUUUUAGGUGUCCCUAUUGCAUAUGAUAACAUCAAAGUUGUGGGUGAACUGGGAGAUAUAUAUGAUGAUCAAGGACACAUUCAUCUUAACAUUGAAGCUGAUUUUGUUAUUUUCAGCCCUGAACCUGGGCAAAAACUUAUGGGUACAGUUAAUAAAGUGUCUUCUAGCCACAUUGGCUGUUUGGUACAUGGGUGUUUUAAUGCCUCAAUCCCUAAACCGGAACAGAUGUCAGUUGAGCAGUGGCAAACCUUGGAGAUAAACGUGGGUGAUGAAUUAGAAUUUGAAGUAUUUCGUUUAGACUCAGAUGCUGCUGGAGUAUUUUGCAUUCGAGGAAAAAUAAAUAUUGCCUGUUUGCAGUCCAAGCACCCUGAUGUUUCUGAAGAAGUAACAGAAACUCUAACUGAAGAAUCUGUUGAAAAAAUUCCAAAGAAAAAGAAAAAGAAAAAGAAAGAUCCAGAAAUUUAUGAAGUAAAUGAUGGUGCCACAGAGCCAGCAGAUUUUACAGGUAUCACUCCAAAGGAAGAGGAAGAGCUACAGGUUAGUAAUGACAUGAAUGGCCUCUGUGAGGAAGAGCCAAAGAAGAAGAAGAAGAAGAAGAAGAAGAAGCACCAGGAAGAUCAGGAUCCUAUUUUUCAGUGCAGUGACUCCAGUGGUUACCAAAGUGACCAUAAAAAGAAAAAAAAGAAAAGAAAACAUAGUGAAGAGGCUGAACUUACAGCAGUUCUGGAAUGCUCACCUAAGAAGAAACAAAAAAGUAAUUAGUGCAUUUUAAAUAGGAUAGUUGAUUAAGGAUUUAUACACAGUAGAUGAGUACAUGUUUUGAAAAAUGUUUAUAUUGUACUGGGUGUGGUGGCACACAUUUGUAGUCCCAACUACCCAGGAAGCUGAGAGGUCAGUCUGGGCAACUUAGUGAGACUUUUUCUCAAAAAGAGCUGGGGAUGUAGCUCAGUGCUAGAUAGUGCUCCUGGGUUUAAUCCCCAGUACUAUAAAAUAAAAAGGCAUAUGGAUACCAGUAAUUUAUAAAACAGGGAACACUUGAUUAGGAAUUGGAGGGUUUUUGUGCUAACUGGCAAUAAUUUGGAUAGGACCCAUGUUAUUAAAUUGCCAUUUUAUUGUAGACAGAAUAAAAUGAUAAGAGCUACUCUCAUUCUCAACUUUUAUAUUCUUCCAGAUGUUAACUGUCCACAUAAAAUUUUCUUUGCAUGCUGAAGAUUAGCAGAAGUACUCUAUAGUACAGUGUUAUUGCUAUCAUUAAGGAACAAGUUUGGGAUUUUCCCCUGCUCUAAUAAUAGGUGUCACCUUUAGUCAUUUUAUGCUAUUUUGCUUAUUUUGUUUUCUUUAAUCAUAGCUGUUAGUGUUUCUGUUGUUUAACUUAAAAAAAUUAUUUCCCAAAGGAGCUUCUGAAAUCUCUAGAACCCUUGAGUACCAUGCCACUGUUGACUGGUACAUAACAGUAUUUACUACACUCUCCUUUGAGGUGUAUGUGUUUUAAAUUCUGAAAAUUGAUGGAAAGUGCUCUUACCUUGUACUUAUUUGUGCCUCACUUGUGUUGGAGGAAGAAAGUAGAUGAAGAUAGGAUAAAUACAAUACUGACCAGUGGCAAAUUUCUUGAUUACUUUUUAUUUGUUGGAGUUGGCCAUAAGAAUUGUUUUAAAGAGGAGAUUAAGAAGAUGUUGAUGUUUUGUGACUUACUGGAAAACAGUAAUGAAAUGAGAACUGGUUGAGGCUGAUAAUCAGUAUGUGUCUGUGCAUUUAUUUUGCCAGUGCUAUAAUGGAAAACAGGUAAAUAAAUGUAGUUCCUUCCCUCAUGGAAUGCCAUAGGAGAAACAGAUGCACACAAACAGUAUUAGUAAGGAAAUACAGAACAUUACUAAUUGUGUCAAAUGCUAUGAUGCAAAAACCUGACCACUCCUAUUACUUGUGUUAGUAUCUGCAAACAGUCAAAUGGUUCAGUUGACUCCUCCAUGUCAGCCAUUUUGUUGCCAUUCUUCUAGUACCAGACAUAGUGCUAGGCUCACAAUUAUCAAUUUAAAAACUGAUAAUGAGUAAAUUCUGCUAGUGAACUGUCUAAUCUAUAAGAAUAAGAUAGAGUUUGGCAAGUAACAGACAACUCACAAUAUGUUGUCUACAAGUAGAUGUGCCAGCCAAUGGAAACAUGCAAGACAAUGUCUUUCAUUACAGUUGAGAUGCAUUAGCCCUUGAAAUGUGACUAAUCCAAAUUGAAAUAUAUUGUCAAUAUCAAAUAUAUAUCAUCAAAAUUGGGAUGUAAACUAUAUCUAUUUUUAUAUUAGUAAAAUUAAAAUAUUUUUGGUUUAAUGGGUUAAAUAAAAUGUUAAUUUCAGCCUGUUUGCAUUUUAUUUUUCUACAAAGAUUGCUUAUGAGGCUCACAUUGGUUUUGGACAAUACUAUUUGAAAGGAAAUAUUGGUUGAAUGACAUGAUUCUAGAAGAUCCAAAAAUUCCAUUAGAAAACUUCUGGAACUAAUAAAUGAAUUCAGCAAAGUAGCAGGAUAUAAAAUCAACACCCAUAAAUCAAAUGCAUUCCUAUACAUCAGUGAUGAAUCCACUGAGGAGAAAUUAGGAUUCACAAUCACAAUAGCCUCAAAGUCAAAUUUGCUUGUACCAUCAAAUUAACAUUUCCACCUGGACAGUCUCUGUUGGAGCAAACAAGAAUUUCACACACAUAUACAAAACAUACAGUUAGCCCUUUCUCCAUAAUCUCACAUUUUGAUUUAGAAUUUUUCACAACAAAUAAAACUUAUUGGAACUUAAACAAGCAUUCAAGCAAGCAUGGACAUGAGAGUUGUUAUAAAAAUUUUGGUGUGUCAUAGAAAUUCUGGGACAAGAUUGUGACUUCUAAGAUUAUAACUUCUAAGAUGAGAAGUUACUGGAAAGCAGUAAGAGCUUCUCAAUCACCCAUAGGCACUCCUUGCAGUGAUUCUACAGGCCCAGCUUGAUGGAGACCGAUUAUUUGGUUCUCCAUCUCAAUAGAAAAUUCUCAGAAAAUCUGGGAUAGUUUGGGAAUAGUAUCUACCCAUGGUAUUACUAACAUGACUGCCUAACACACAGGAUUUUUGAAGGAGGAGUUAAGAGAAAUGUUCAACAAAAGGAGGGAUCCUUUAUUACCUAAUACACUUAAAAAGGUGACUUGUACUCCAGGUACCUGACGAACAUAACAUUGUCAUCCUAAUAAACUUUUUGUUUUC